AUGGAAACUUCAGAAGGAGAAAGCGUACCAUUUACUAAGAAAGAACUGGAGGAAUUACCAUUUUACGAGCAUGUAGUUCACGCAGAAAUACAUAACGAACCAAUGAAUCGAAUGAAUGAUAAUAAUAAUGCUAACACUUUACCAGAAUUAUCUGAAACUGAAGAUGACAAUGAAAAUACAUUAUCAGAAGAAGAAGAUGAAAAUGAAAUAGAGCCAUUAUUAUUAGAAAGCAGCGACAGUCACAUUGAUGAAGAUUUAUCCACCUCACCAAUAAGUAUACCACCUAAUCUUUUACAGAUAAUAAAUAAUUUAGCAGAAGACUAUGAAGACGAUGAAAUUAAUCAAAACGAAACUCUACAUGAAGAAAAUUGUGAGGAUUCAAUCCCAAUAGCCGAAGACAACGAAAACAAUGACCAGAUUACCGACGAUGACGACUCCGGAGAAGAAAACGAAGACGAGGAAGGAGACAAUAGCGACAGAGACGUUGACGCAACUUACAAUGAAUUAGACACGAAUGACCCGACACCCGAAAUUGAAAGACAAAUAAUAACAC